AUGGUUUUCAGAGGAAAGUGGAUUUUUAAAUGCCUAGGCUGUAAAAGCAAAGAACAAGAUGAAACUGAAUACAUUGAUCUGAGUAAAAUAAAAAACGUAAAUGAAGUCUUACACAUCAAUGAUCUAAUCGUCUCCAAGCCAGAACUUUACUUGGAAACACCUCAAUCCGUUUGCGUAACAAGAAAAUUGGGGAGUUGUGAAAGUAAGAAAUUUGGAGGUGUGAAGCCAACAAUAGCAAUUCCAAUACAAAACCAAUGGCCCUCAGAUACAAGCUCAGAGGAUUCUACACCUAACCAAAAUUUAACCAAUCAAUUCUCAACAAACAAUCAAAAUUAUUGUAAUGGAAAAGAAAACUUCGUCGAAAAUAACAAGAUUGUGGUUCCACUAUCUAAUAUAAGUGGAUUCUUGGAAAAGGAAAAUGACCAACAAUUAACAAUCUCAGAAUCGAUAGCAAUCGCCGAAAAAAUAUACCAAAAUGAGAAAAGGCAAAUUAUGAACCAAGGGAAAAGAGGAAAUCAGGAUUCCAAAAGCACGAAUUAUGUGGAAUCCGAAAGGUUAAAGUGUGUGGAGUUCGAUAAUCCAUUUGAAGUCAAUGUAAUCGAACAGAAAAAUACUUUAUCGAGACAGGAAUCGCCAAAUAGCAUAAUAACAGAAGGAAAUUGUAAAAAAGGACCAAUAGAAGGAAAACUAUCUCACAUUUGUGAUGUAUCAGAUGAUACUGAUGGAGAUGAUGAAUCGAUAGCCAGUAAGGUCUGGAAUAUGUUCAUGAAAGCGACUUCGUCUAGGAGUAAUGGUGACCCACAAGUUAGAAAUAGGGGACAAAGUAAUAGUAAAGUAGUAAUAUUGACAGAUAGUAGAAUGUCUGCUGGAAACGAGAUAAAAAAUAACAAAGGAGAGUAUAACUGGAGGGGGAUUGAAAGGGAUAGGGGAGUGAGAAAUGAGAGGCAGUGGAUAAAGGAAAACUACAACGUAACAUCUAGAGAAGCCUUGGAUAUAGUGGAAGGAACGAUUAGAAAAAUAAAUAAUGUUUUGUAA